UUGUGAGGUCGGACGCAGCGAGUUAACAGAUGAGCACUAAUCGGGAUCACCCAAAACACAUCAUAAACAAAAAUCCACAGCAAAAACACGAGAAGAGAGAUAUCAGAAAAAGAAGAAACAAGAGAACUAACGUUAGCUGCUUUACAUGGAUUGUCCAGACAUCGGCAAUACAAUACUUUUUAAGAGAACAUCAGAGUGAUACUUUUUUACUCACUUAGAUGAUUUAAAUCUAAGACAUUAGAUAUAUCAUAAUUUGUAACACUCGUGCCGAUAAAGGAAUCGGUAAUGAAACGGAUCACUUUAUCUUUUUGAACUUUUUUUUCUUUCUUUUUUUAAACAAAACCAAACAAAAGUGGAAUGUGAUCGCACGUAUUGGAUGUAAGCUAUAUUGGAUUUAUAAAGGUCGCCGGGGGGUAAAGAUUGAAGAAGACACAGAGUAUCUGAAUCCUGCGUCUGGACGACAUUAUAAAAGUUAAAUAUGGGGAAUAUUGAGAGUGUGGACGGGCAAUCUGAGAUGAAGCAUCAUAUCAUGCCCUUGAAAGUUCCCAUGCCUGACCCAACAGAGCUAGAGGAAAGAUUUGCCAUUGUUUUGAACUCUAUGAACCUGCCCCCAGAUAAAGCACGCCUCCUCCGGCAGUAUGAUAAUGAGAAGAAGUGGGACCUCAUCUGUGACCAGGAGCGUUUCCAAGUGAAGAAUCCUCCACAUACCUAUAUCCAGAAACUACGAGGAUAUUUAGACCCAAAAGUCACACGCAAGAAAUUCCGCAGGAGGGUCCAGGAAUCCACCAAAGUCCUGCGGGAGCUGGAGAUAUCUCUGCGAACCAAUUACAUUGGGUGGGUUCGUGAGUUCCUCAAUGAUGAGAACAGAGGCCUGGACAUCCUGGUGGAGUAUCUCUCCUUCGCUCAGUGUGCCGUCAUGUUGGAUUUUGAAGGGCUGGAGAAUGGUGACGACUUUUCGCUGGACAAAGCUAAGUCCUGGAGCAGGUCCAUUGAGGAUCUGCACCAGAACGGCUGCAAUACGCUGGUGCGCUCUGCGCGGCAAUCCGUCCUCCGUUAUGGCUCCGCUGCCAACAGCAAAACCAUCAAGAACUCCAGAUUAGUGAGUCAAAAGGAUGACGUGCAUGUGUGCAUCAUGUGCCUCAGAGCAAUCAUGAACUAUCAGUAUGGCUUCAACCUCGUCAUGUCUCACGCACAUGCAGUCAAUGAGAUCGCCCUAAGUUUGAACAAUAAGAACCCAAGAACAAAGGCGCUGGUCCUGGAGCUGCUGGCUGCUGUGUGUUUGGUGCGAGGAGGCCAUGAAAUCAUCCUCUCAGCGUUUGAUAACUUCAAAGAGGUGUGUAAGGAGAAGCACCGCUUUGAGAAGCUGAUGGAGUAUUUCCGUAGUGAAGAUGGGAACAUCGACUUCAUGGUUGCUUGUAUGCAGUUCAUCAACAUUGUGGUCCAUUCUGUGGAGGACAUGAACUUCCGUGUACAUCUGCAGUUUGAGUUCACUAAGCUGGGCCUUGAUGACUUCCUGGAGAAAUCCAAGCACACAGAGAGUGAUAAGUUGUCGGUGCAGAUCCAGGCUUACCUAGAUAAUGUGUUUGAUGUCGGAGGUCUGUUGGAGGACGCUGAAACAAAGAAUGUGGCCCUGGAGAAAGUGGAGGAGCUGGAAGAACAUUUGUCUCAUGUGACGGAGAAGCUUCUAGAUGUUGAAAAUGAGACAAUGAUGAAGGUAGCAGACCUGGAGAAACUGCUGUUACACAAAGACAAGGAACUGGCGACCAUAAAGGAGACGUAUGAGUCCACCAGCUCACAAGUGCACACACUGCGGCGGAUGAUCCAGGAGAAGGACGCUGCCUUCCAGAGGCACAAUAACAUUGAGAAGCAAUUGCUGGAGCUGGAGCAGAAGGGCACCAUCCGUUUACGCAAGCAGUCUGAUGGGGAUAUUGCCAUCGAGGCUCUGGGUGGAAGAGGACUGGUUGGUGGAGCGGCAGCUGGAGCAUCUCUGGGAGACCUGGGCUUACUUACUGCAAGCAUGAGUGGGAGUGGAGGUCUGGGUGUCUCUACACCUGCUCCUAUUGAAGCUGUUGCUCCACCUCCACCUCCACCACCACCUCCACCUGCCCCACCACUCCCUUCAGAAGUCGAGUGUAUUCCUAUUCCUCCUCCACCUCCUCCACCUCUGCCUGGACCAUCACCAUCAGUCAUCCUUAGUGUCGGCUUAUCAGCCAUACGCAUCAAGAAACCCAUAAAAACCAAAUUCCGCCUUCCUGUCUUCAACUGGACUGCCCUGAAACCCAACCAGAUCAAUGGCACCGUCUUCAAUGAAAUCGAUGAUGAGCGUGUGCUUGAGGAGUUGGAUCUGGAGAAGUUUGAGGAGCUGUUCAAGACGAAAGCCCAGGGUCCUCUGGUGGAUCUGUCAUGCUCAAAGAGCAAGGUUUCCCACAAAGUCGUCAGCAAAGUGCAGCUGCUUGAUUCCAAUCGCUCAAAGAACUUGGCCAUCACCCUGCGCAAGGCCAACAAGACCACAGAAGAGAUCUGCAAAGCCAUUCAAACGUUUGAUCUGAAAGCCCUGCCAGUCGACUUUGUGGAAUGCCUGAUGCGGUUUCUACCCACGGAGGCUGAGAGUAAACUACUGCGUCAGUACGAGCGCGAGAGGAGACCUCUGGACCAACUCGCUGAGGAGGACCGUUUCAUGCUUUUCUUCAGCAAGAUUGAGCGGCUCACUCAGAGAAUGAGCAUCAUCACGUUUGUGGGCAACUUCAAUGAUAAUGUCAGCAUGCUGACCCCGCAACUCAACGCUAUCAUCGCUGCAUCAGCGUCAGUGAAAUCUUCUCCAAAGUUAAAGAAGAUCCUUGAAAUCAUUCUGGCCCUGGGCAACUACAUGAACAGUAGUAAAAGAGGCUCUGUGUAUGGUUUCAAACUUCAGAGUCUGGAUCUUCUGCUAGAUACUAAGUCUACUGACCGGAAGAUGACACUGCUGCACUACAUUGCUGUGGUCGUCAAAGAGAAAUAUCCUGAACUGGCUGCCUUCUACAAUGAACUGCACUUUGUGGAUAAGGCUGCAGCAGUCUCUCUGGAGAAUGUGUUGUUGGAUGUUAAGGAGCUGGGUAAGGGCAUGGAUCUGGUCAGGAGAGAGUGCAGUCUGCAUGACCACGCUGUACUCAAGGGCUUCCUCCAGAGCAGCGAUACGCAGCUGGACAAACUACAAAAAGACGCCAAGACUGCUGAGGAGGCUUUCAACAAUGUGGUGCUUUACUUUGGGGAGAGUCCUAAGACCACGCCGCCCUCUGUGUUCUUCCCAGUGUUCGUGCGGUUCAUCAAAGCCUACAAGGAGGCUGUGGAGGAAAACGAACUGAGGAAGAAGCAAGAGGAAGCCAUGAGAGAAAAACUACUAGCACAGGAGGCCAAACAGCGUGACCCAAAGGUUCAGGCUCAAAAGAAGCGACAGCAGCAGCAGGAACUGAUCGCAGAGCUCCGGCGCAGACAAGCCAAGGACCACCGGCCCGUAUAUGAGGGCAAAGAUGGCACCAUUGAAGACAUUAUCACAGUGCUGAAGAGUGUGCCCUUCACAGCCCGCACGGCCAAACGGGGCUCUCGCUUCUUCUGCGAUACCAACCUCUUCGACGAGUCCAUCUGCUAGCCCCCCAAACCCCCCAAAAAACCUGCCCCUAAUGCCGCAGAUCUCCGAAGCCAGCCCUUCCUGCGAGCUGACGCGGUGAUCCGGAAUGGGUGGAAGCGACCCUAAAGACCCCUCACUCACUCACCCAAUGCUACUUUCCCCCCGCUUUCUUCUGAAAUGGGAUCUUCCUGCAAUUCACAGUGACUGAGGGAAGUGCAGGACCAAACCAGUAUCUUUGGUUUUAAGGGGAUGUGGAAGUUGUUAUUUAUUUAUGGAAAUCCUUUUUGGAUUCUGCACUGGAGGCUCUUUCAAUAAAGCCAUAAAAGCACAGACAUUAAGGGCGGCCUCACGAACUCUCACAUACGCAAAUCCUGAGGAGAGUCUGUAACAGCUUGUGUUGGCACAGGAAAAAUGCUUGUUGUGAUUGACAAACCGACAGCAGUAACACUAGCCUGCUGACCCUGAAGAGCCUUCUAUUGGGAUUGCACACCCAUUAACGUGGAUUUCCUUUUAUUGUGCAAUGUAAGCAUGACUUGAGGUCACUGACUUUCAGGCCUGAGCCCGUUUGUACAGUUCUUUUAUUAGCUAUGAACUCAAAAAGAUGUAUUAAUCCUAACUACCUGGAGUGGACUAGUCUGUCUCCAGUAUUGUUACCCUAUCGUUACAAAGAAGUGCCUUUCUGCUGAGUCAGUAUUAUUUCUUAUAGCCAAUAUUGAUGUAUCUAAGUUUAUACUUGUGUUAAUUAUUAUGUUGUAACAUUUUGAAUGCUUAAUGUAAAUAUUAUAUGCAGUUAUCCAUUGUAGCUUUAACAAAAGAGCCUGAAGUGCUCUAUUUGAUUCAUGUGCCUUGUAGGCUUGUUGAUGGUGCCUUCUUCACCCAGCUUUUUAAAUGUUUAAUGCGCAUGUACCAGAACAAAGUGUACAUAACGUUAUGCCAUGCCUUGAAACGUAUUCUUCCUCAGAGAAUGAUGUUCGGAUCCGUUCUUUACCACACAGAAUUCUUAUGUAUAUAAAUGCAUUUUUUUAUCCAAUGGGAAUCACUCCAUGAUUGUAAAGAUGAUAUAACAGAAUAUUUUGGGUGUGCAGUUCACUCAUUUGCAGAGUUAGUAAAAUGAAGGACAUUUGUAUUUGUAUUCACUUCACAAUAACGUUUUAUAAGGCACGUCCUGAUUUUGCCAAGUUCGAUGUGUUCCUAGGUCAACAUAUUUUGUUGACCCUGGAACAACAUUUUACUCCAAAAAUAUAUUCUUAACCAUAUCCCUACACUUAAACCUAACCUUAACCAUGAGUAAUCCCUAAAAUCAGAGGAAAUGAUAGAUGAAUGACACUGAUGUAAAAGCACCAAACACUGAUUUUAAGCAUAAACUUCACAAAAUCUAUAAACUGGUUCUUCAAAUCUGAUUGGUUAAUCACAAUGUUGUUCCAGGGUAAACAACGAUGUUGUCCCAGGAACAUGUCUCACUUGGUAAAAUCAGGUUCUGCUUUUAUAAGAUUAAUUUUAUUAUCUAAUAUCUCCCUAAUAGAAUACUUAUUAUAAUUGAAUAAGAAAUGAUUAUGCAACUAGUGACUCGAUAUGAAAUUUUAUGAGCUUUAUUUUAGCAUUAACUUACGCGAGGCAGCGCUUUACUUAGUUACUUUGUUCGGAAUGUGCUGUCGGUUAUAUUCACAAUUCAGUAUGGUGAUUUGUGCUACCCUGUCAGAUUUUGAUACCUCCCAGACUUGUUAUUCAUUGUGUCUGUGUUUUAUUCAUAAGAACAACAAUGUUCGAUACACGCUCUGUAGAGCAGUUUGUCCAUUUAGGGCUACUGUAGAAACAUGGUGGCAACUUCAAUUUAAGGGGACACAUGGUGUAUGUAGAUAAAAAAUAGCUCAAUAUAAGGUAAUAAAAACAUAACGGUUCAUUAAGAAAGGUCUUUAUACACAUCUGAAAACAUAGUUAUGUAUAUUAUAUUUCAUUUCUGUAAAUAGAUAGGUGUAAAUAUUACACACUGCACCUUUAAAAAAAAGUUAUCAACCCAAUAUUGAUGUGCGCAUGCGCAGUAAACCCUGGUAGGAAAAUCAGACGGGUAGGAUAAAAUGUCAGGACAACGGCCUCAAUUUCUUACUGCUUUUAUAAAAGUUUGAUAACAAUGACAGAAAUUAUAAUUAUUACGUUAAGAAAAAUAAUUUUAGUGGCGUUUUUCCGCUAGAAGAGAUAAGAUAGCCCCAACAAAAACUUGGCUGGGACCUGUUUUUAUACAGUCUAUGGUUGGGACCAUAGACAUAUAUAUAUGAUGUCUAUGGUUGGGACGCUGUUCUGACCAUAGGUUCUGACCAAACAGAAGCCAGAACCGGAAGUGUCUAACUAAACGGAAGUGAAAACAUGUCACGUGACAGGCUCGACGACUUGGAGGGCAAAAUAUCCAUAGAAAAGCAACUUUUCCACCUGUUUCCCAUCAGCAAAUAUUUAAAGUAAAGUAAUGGUUCAGUUUUCCAUUUCAUGUGAAACUUUGCACAUUGUUUUUAUAUCCCGGUAUAUAUAUAUAUAUAUAUAUAUAUAUAUAUAUAUGUAUUUUUUUUACAGUCUAUGGUUUUACUACACUGCUUAAUGCAGUCUGCAUAGGUCAGUGGAUCAAAGCUUCGUUCUGCCCUCCAGUGUGACGUCACGUGAAAACUUUUAUAUCUUCUUGGGAGUUGUUUCUAAGACUGAACUUUUAUUUUUUAGAUGUAAAUUAAGCCAUUUGGGAGGAAAUGCAAAGCACAAGUUGAAUGUACCAAAGUAUUAAUGUUAUUUGGUUGAACUAGACCAGUGAAUACAGCAUUUAACUGGAUAUUCUGUUGAAGUGGCAAAUAAAACAUUUGAUACUUGA